ACAGAGAAGGAAAAAAGUUACACGACACAGAGCUGUGAGCGAUUCACAAAAGCCCGAUAAAGUGUUUCCAACAGUGGCUGAGAGUAUGUUUGUGAGUGUGUCUUUAAUGCUGUGAAAGGAAAAGUAUUUAGUACUGAAACACGGUAACAAAAAUCAGUUUUCCGAAUGGGACUCAUCUUCCUCCAUGCAAUCCUGGUUCUCAUGGGAGGGUCCCAGCCUGGAUUAUCUGAAGACUCCAUCAAGGUCCAGCUCACACUGGAGUCCCCAGGUUCCAGAGUCUUUGCCGGGGAGGCCAUCUCUCUGAGGUGUGUGGUAGAUGAGCCCUCCUCACUGGGUUGGAUCUACAAUUGGUCCCAGCAAAUCAACCCUAGACACCAGACAGCAGGGGACCGGUACAUCAUCACCGCAAUGACAGCAGCUGACCAGGGGCCAUACUGGUGUACAGUGAGGAAGAACGGGACGGACGAAAAAUUGUGGCACAGCAACACCAUCACUCUGAAUGUGUCAGAAAACAUCCCCCAAGCCAUGCUGACAGUCACCCCACCAGGUGGACAGCACUUCAGGGGCGAGCACUUCUCCCUGCAAUGUGAAGUUGCUGGAAGAAAUUCUACUGGCUGGACACUGAAACACCUCGUGAAGGGCAAAGUGGAGUCUGGGUGUGUGACAUUAGGGGGUAGAAUCAGCAUGAUGAAGCAAGGAGAGUGUGUGUUUUCACGCCUUUACUCAGGGAAUGGUGGACCCUACUGGUGUGAAUCCACAGAUGGUCACCAGCGCAGCAGGAUUGUCAACAUCACAGUGGGAUAUGGCUAUAUGAUCAUACAGGGCCCAACCCAUCCUGUUUCCGCAGGAGAAAAUUUCAAGCUGCGCUGCAUUUACUGGCACGAUCCCUCAAACGCAACCACCUUUUACAAAGAUGGCGUGGAGAUUGUGGCUCAAAAGAGCACAGAGUUGAUGAUUCAGAAUGCAACCAAAGCAAAUGAGGGUUUCUACAAGUGUAUUGACUCCGUCAACAAGCAGGAGAGCUCAGAAACCUGGGUGUCAGUGACAGGUGACUCCACUAGUGCAGUCAGUUCUGAGAAGAUACCCACAGAGAACAAGCCAGCCAAGCUUGGAGAAGGUAACUCCACCAAUACUGUGAGUUCUGAGAAGACAGCCUUUGAGGAGAAGACAGCCUUUGAGGAGAAGCCAACCAAGAUCACAGAAGGUUGA